AAUAUCGAAAUAUUUACAUAUUGAGGUAUUCCAGAAUAGUUGACGUUAUUCGGACACCGUUUAGUUUCCUCCGUUGCACCCUCUCGUAACUCAAUUGAGAUUGGAUUCAAAACGUUCGAAACCAUUGACCGAGUGAGAACUGAUUGUGAGUCUGAUCCCGGGACACCAUGGCGUUAAUAAGAGUGCACACCGUGGAAGAGGAGAUGAAAAAGAAUUCGAAGCUGAAGAGAUCCGAUUUGCAAAUGCUGCGGGAUUGGUGCAAAAAGCAGCCUCACCUGCCACCGGUGUCGGAUACUGAUCUGACGUUGUUUUUGCACAGUAACUAUUACCGACUCGAAAGCACAAAAACAACAAUCGACGCAUUCUACUCCGUCAGGACCCAUAUACCUGAAUUGUUUUUGAACCGUGAUCCACUGGGCGAGAAGGGACUUCGAGAAAUAAUGCAAGUCGUGUGCUGCGUAUUUCUGCCAGGAACUACACCAGAAGGCUACAGAGUGAUACUGGGGAAAACCAUAGAUCCUGACCCUUCUCGUUACGUCUUAGCGGACGUUAUAAAGCUCUGUUCCAUGAUUAUGGAAUUACGACUUUAUACUACGGGAACUGCUCCAGGAUACGUGAUCAUUAUGGAUAUGGACGACACCGUAUUCGGUCACGUGGCUCGCAUGAAUCCCAUGACGGUUAAAAAGCAUCUUUAUUACGUACAGGAAGCACUUCCCAUCCGACUGAAGAGUGUUCACGUCAUAAAUACGGCACCCUUCGUGGAAAUGCUCUUGAAUAUAGCAAAACCUUUUAUGAAAAAGGAGCUCAUGAACAUGAUUUUUCUACACUCAAGUGCAGAUAGCGUGAGCAAGCGGAUCCCUAUUGAUAUCUUGCCGAACGAUCAGGGUGGCAAAGCUGGUCCUUUGAAGGACUUGUGGGCCGCUGAGUUGAGGAACCUGGAGGAACACCGUGCCUGGUUCCUGGAAGAGGACAUGCGCAAGGUUGACGAAUCCCUUCGUCCUGAGAAGGCAAAAAACAUCACGGACAUCUUCGGGGUCGAAGGAAGUUUUAAAAAAUUAGACAUUGAUUAUUUUCCUUCUCGUUGCAAAGUACCAAUCGAGUACAAAUUGUACCUUGCACACGCUACGAAAACAGGUGAGAACUAUGGUGCACGAGGUACAGGGAACCACGAUUUGUGUGUUAAAACUCCAUUUCAAAUUUUAUGGUGUUACAGAGAGCUUACGGCGUGGUACGAGUUCAAGCUAAUUGAUAACAUCAUGGUGUUGAUGAAAAUGAUGACCUUGGAAGAGGAGGUAAAAAAGAAUUCAGAUUUGAAGAAAUCUGAUCUGGAUAUACUGAGAGACUGGUGUAAGAAACAACCUCAUCUGCCGCAUCCAAUAUCAGACGGUGAACUGAUACUGUUUCUGCACAGUAAUUAUUACCAAAUAGAAGCGACAAAACCAACGAUCGACACAUUCCACACAGUCAAAACCCAUGCUCCCGAUUUCUGCUCAAACCGUGAUCCAUUGAACUCAAAGAAUCUUUGCGAGAUCAUGAAAGUCUUGGCUUGCGUGCCGCUGCCAGGAACUACUGCAGAAGGCUGGAAAAUGAUGCUAGUAACACUCCUAGACCACGAUCCUGCCCAUUAUGUCUAUGUUGACGCUGUAAAGCUUUUAUGCAUGGCUAUUGAACUCUGGCUCUUCACUGAAGGCACUGUUCCCGGACAUGUAUUGAUAUUGGACAUAAAUGGUUUUACGGCAGGACAUUUGGCCCGCGUGAGUCUUACGGUAAUGAAGAAAUGCCUCUACUACAUCCAAGAAGCACUUCCCAUACGGCUGAAAAACGCACACCUCAUAAAUACAUCGCCCAUUACUGAUUUGGUUAUGAAUAUGAUGAAGCCGUUCACAAAAAAUCAGUUCCUGAAUCUGGUCUGCCUGCACACCGAUUUGGAAUCUUUGAGCAAAAAGAUCCCGACUGAUUUGUUACCAAACGAACAUGGCGGCAAAGCUGGUCCCCUGAAAAAUCUCUGGGCGGAUGAAGUGAGGAAAAUCGAGGAACAUCGCGCCUGGUUUCUGGAAGAAGACAAGCGAAAGGUGAACGAAAAUCUUCGCCCUGGCAAGGCAAAGACUGCGACAGACCUGUUUGGAGUUGACGGGAGCUUUAAGAAGCUGGACAUCGAUUAGUUUAUGCAUGUCAAAUUAUACGCCACGUCUAUCUGUAUAAAUAAAUAAGUAUUUACAACUUA